GUCGACGACCGAUGCCCGGUGUCCGGGUAAGAUGGCGUCGGAAGAGCAGUGCUCGGCACCACCUCGAUGGCGGUCGAUAUCCCUAACCCACGUAGAGUAUCCGGCUGGUGAUCUGACGGGCCAGGUAUUGGCCUGUAUGAGCCUGCUGCCCAUAGCGAUCCUCGUCGGAUUCGUCACUCUGAUCGUCUUUAAGAGAGAACUACAUACGAUCUCUUUUUUUGGGGGUUUGAUUAUGAAUGAGGGGCUAAACUGGCUGCUCAAACACAUUAUACGGGAGCCUCGACCAUGUGGGGGUCACAGCGCAGUCACGACAGAGUACGGGAUGCCCUCUAGUCACUCUCAGUUCAUCUGGUUUUUUGUUGUAUACUUUUUCCUUUUUCUUUAUUUAAGAAUGCAUCAGACGAACAAUGCCAGGUGUGUUGAAUUGUUAUGGCGGCAUAUACUGUCCAUCAUUCUAAUGGCCGUGGCUCUGUCCGUGUCAUACAGCAGAGUCUACCUCCUGUACCACACCUGGGGUCAGGUGAUUUAUGGGGGUGUGGCCGGUUUGGUGAUGGGAGUGGUUUGGUUUUUUAUCACCCAAGAGGUGCUAACGCCACUCUUUCCCAAGAUGGCAGCCUGGCCUAUCUCAGAGUUUUUUCUGGUGAGAGAUACAAGUCUCAUUCCCAACAUCCUGUGGUUUGAAUACACAGUAACCAGAUCAGAAGCCAGAAACAGACAACGAAAGCUGGGAACGAAGCUUCAGUGAUUUGCUUCAAAACCCCUUCGAAAACUGACCCCAGAUACACACACACACACACACACUCACAUACAUAUGUACACACACUCUCAAACACACUGGAGUUUCAUAGUCUGGACUGUUCUGGUUAAUGUGAAAGCACAGAACAGUGUACUUGUGGACCAAAGGAGCGAGUUUGUAUCGCAGACGUGACCGUGACCCAACUGUUCGCACGACAAAAUGGCCUCCCCCCCCCCUCCCCCCAUUGUCCAUAGGCUGCCCUGCGUUCUUAAUGCAUGCAGACCGUGCAAAAGACAAAACUAUUUAAUGACAAAUGUAAUAUAUAUUUUAUUCAUUAACAUUCACAGGGACGAUCUUAAUGGCGAUGUGAAGGGGGGGGGAAGAGGUGGAAGUGGAUGAAAGAAUUUUUUACGAAAUGGCAAACAUAUCAGCAUGGCAUUACUUUAAUUUAAACGACAUGUUAAUGGACCAGGGUCAGGAAUUGGGAAUUUAAGUGUGGGUAAUAAAUCAGGAGGGUGAGGAAUGCAGAAACAAAUGACGCAUUUAAACCAGAUGUGGGGGAUGGGGGUUAUUGCUUUUACUCAUUUGUAUAUCCUAAAAUAAAUAAAUAAUCAUUACAAGGUGAAUAUCGCAAAAAUAUGUCCAGGUCACAGUUCACACGAAAUUAUUAUUUUAAAUUUUUUUUUUUUGCAUUUACCAAAUUCUCAUUAAUGUGUCCAGGCAUUUGCCCUUUUUAUUCUCAAUCAUUAUUCUCAUUACUGUGAUAGUUAUUUUUUUUAUUGCAUAUCGCUUUACAGAAUGUGCUCGUCACAAUGUAAAAACUCAUAAUGGUCCUAAAAUAGGCUUCUUUUUCUUAAAGCAAAAUAUUUAUUUUGUUUGAUUUUGGGGUGAAACGCAACCCCCGACAUGUUCUCGACAGGCUUUGCGAGAUUCACCUUGGAUUCCUGUUAAAAAGUGUAAUCUAAACUCAAAAUAAUUUGCACUUUGUCAAUUCGAUUUGAUAUUAACACUAGUUGUGUGUGUGUGUGUGUGUGUGUGUGUGUGUAGAGGCAAGGAUUCUUGUGUUUCUCCUCUUUGCUGGCCAUUUUUGUUUUAAAGUUUGUCUUCUGACAGACCGUGUCUCUUGCAUUCGCUUUUUCCUCCAGACGUGCGUGAGCAGGAUUGGUCAAUGUCUUGAGCAUAAAGGCAUUUCAGAACAACAUGGAGUUGCUACAACUAGUUUCAGAUUCAUCUGCCUCAAUUGGUGCUGGGAACAAAAUUAGGUCAUGGGAACACAAUUCAAGCCUAUUUUUGGUCAGAAUUAUGUUGUUUCAACACCAUUUACAUUAUGUUGUGUUGUUCUUGCUGAAUGUUUCGUUCUUCAACAUCACAUUUGAAUUGAUUUUUUGGGAAUUAAUUCAGCUGACAGCUCAUGUUUGUUUCAGAUAAUAUGCAGUUACAUUUCAUUUGAAUUGUCAUUCCUUUUUUUGUAAUAUCAAUCAUCUCAAAGGAUGCCAUUUUGACAGUGCAGGAACAAUAAACCUCAGCUUUUUAAUAUUAAUGUUUUUCCUUCUUUUUUUCCUUUUUAUAUUUCUGACCUAUUUUUUUCCCUGAUGUUGGCCAUUUUUUUUCACCUGAACUACUUUCCGCUCGCGACAUUCCCAUAAUACCACUUUUGAAUAUUUAAGGAUGGCUUUGCAACUGCUACAACAGGAAUAUACUGUACAUGUCAAAUGGAAAUAUGAAAAGGACAUUAAAAAAAAAAAAGAUAUGAACCCAAACCUCAGGUGAACUCUAGCAUGUACCGAGGCCUCUGUUUUUAGGAUGAUGUAGAAACUGUCUGUGACGGGGUGUUUAUAUAAAGGGAAGGGAGGUUAUUGCAUAACUCUUAAGAUGAUCCUCUCUUUUAUCAUGUGUAAUUCAUAUCAGGCUGAAUAAAAAGCAAAAUAUGUUUAUGUA